AUAGUACUACCCCCUAGGGGUCCCCGAGUUUUGCUCGAAUUGUUGCCGGUUGUUUAGCCAGCAACUGCCCUAAGCUCUCUUCUUCCCUAUUCUCCAUUUUUGAUGGGCACCUGCUCGAUUACCUAGACUUGUUAAGAGCUUUUUGAACCGGUAUAGCUCAUAUUCACUUGAGUUUGAGCCUUUUGCCUCUUCCUGGCCCCGAGAGAGCACCAUCACACCAUGACAACAGUCACCGAAGUAAGGACGGAGAUCCUGGCUCUCCCGCUCAAGUCGGGCCCCAUUACAGUAGACCAGGAAGAAAUCCCCCAGGUUGAUCUCUCAGACAUACCUCUACCGCCUCCGUCGAAAGAGCCCACAGAGGUUCUGAACGUGGAUAAACCCACACCAGAUUACCAUGUUCCUCGUGACCCGCGGCUGAUUCGACUAACGGGCGUGCAUCCAUUCAAUGUCGAACCCCCACUCACAGCGUUGUAUAACGAAGGUUUUUUGACUUCCCCGGAAUUGUUCUAUGUCAGAAACCACGGCCCUGUGCCUCUAGUCAAGGAUGAAGACAUUCCCAACUGGGAGAUUAGCAUCGAAGGGCUGGUUGAGAAGCCGUUGGUCCUGAACUUUCGCCAGAUUCUACAGGAGUAUGACCAAAUAACAGCUCCCAUCACCAUGGUAUGCGCAGGGAAUAGACGGAAAGAGCAGAACACUGUACGGAAAUCCAAGGGGUUCUCGUGGGGCUCGGCUGGCUUGUCAACAGCGCUCUGGACUGGUCCCAUGAUGGCGGACAUCCUGCGCAGUGCUAAGCCUCUUCGCAAAGCCAAGUAUGUCUGUAUGGAGGGAGCGGACAAAUUGCCCAACGGAUACUAUGGUACAUCCAUCAAGCUCAAUUGGGCCAUGGACUUCAACCGAGGAAUCAUGCUCGCUCAUAAGAUGAAUGGGGAACCCCUCCGUCCGGAUCACGGUCGCCCUCUUAGGGCUGUUGUGCCAGGCCAGAUCGGUGGUCGAAGUGUCAAGUGGCUAAAGAAGCUUAUCCUCACUGAUGCACCAAGCGACAAUUGGUAUCAUAUAUAUGAUAAUCGUGUUCUACCCACGAUGGUUUCACCCGAAAUGUCUGCCAACGAUCCAAAUUGGUGGCGUGAUGACCGCUACGCGAUUUACGAUCUCAACGUCAACUCCUCUGUGGUAUACCCUGAACAUAGGGAGACGCUCGAUCUCUCGUUGGCUGGACCCACGUACACUGUGAAGGGUUACGCGUAUGCAGGAGGUGGCAGGAGAAUCACACGAGUGGAGAUCUCUCUUGACAGAGGCAAAACCUGGCGGUUAGCGGACAUCACAUACGCCGAAGAUAAAUACCGUGAUUUUGAAGGCGACUUGUUCGGCGGCAAGGUGGACAUGUUUGCGCGUGAAACGUGCUUUUGCUGGAUCUUUUGGUCGCUUGAUCUUGCCAUACCAGAGCUUGCCGAUAGUGAUGCCAUUCUCGUCCGAGCAAUGGACGAGGCGCUGAGUAUUCAGCCCCGGGACAUGUAUUGGUCUGUUCUGGGGAUGAUGAACAAUCCUUGGUUUCGAGUGACCAUCACAAAGGAGAACGGUAAGCUCUUUUUUGAGCAUCCAACCGACCCCACCGGGGCUGGUGGUUGGAUGGAGCGUGUCAAGAAAGCAGGAGGUGAUCUGGCAAACGGUAACUGGGGUGAGCGGCAAGAGGGAGAAGAGCCAGCAGUGCCUGAGGUCGAAAAGGAGAUCAACAUGAAGAAAGAUGGCGUGACCCGCAUGAUCGAGCUGCAGGAGUUCAAGAACAACUCCAGUGAGGAGAAGCCGUGGUUCAUUGUGAAUGGAGAAGUGUACGACGGCACCGCCUUUCUUGAAGGUCAUCCCGGCGGAGCUCAGAGCAUCAUAUCAUCGGCCGGGCUUGAUGUAUCGGAGGACUUCCUUGCUAUUCAUAGUGAGACUGCCAAGAAGAUGAUGCCCGAUUAUCAUAUUGGCACGAUGGAUAAAGCUUCAUUGGCGGCGCUCAAAGAUGAUAACGCCCCCGAAUCAAGCGAGCCACGCGCCGAGUUCCUUCAGUCACGAGCCUGGUCUAAGAUGACGCUGACCAAGAAGACGGAAGUAUCAUGGGAUACACGUAUCUUCACUUUUGAAUUGGAACAUGACAAGCAGACUCUCGGUUUACCCAUUGGCCAGCAUCUUAUGAUCAAAGUCCCGGAUCCAGCCGCCAGCAAUGAAUCGAUUCUCCGCUCGUACACUCCCAUCUCUGAAACCAGCCAGAAAGGGACGAUGGAUUUGCUCGUCAAGAUCUACUUCGACACCCCCACGCAGAAAGGUGGUAAGAUGACCACAGCGCUCGAAAAGCUUCCAUUGGGCUCUGUCAUCGACUGCAAAGGUCCUACCGGUCGAUUCGAGUAUCUGGGCAACGGCAAGGUCCUUGUCAGUGGCAAGGAGCGUUCUGUGCGCUCUUUCAAGAUGAUCUGUGGAGGCACCGGUAUCACCCCCGUUUUCCAGGUUCUGCGUGCUGUCAUGCAAGACAAGGAGGACCCCACGUCCUGUCUUGUUCUGAACGGCAACAGACAAGAGGAGGAUAUCUUAUGUCGGGCAGAACUCGAUGCCUUUGCAUCGAUGGACGACAAGAAAUGCCAGAUAAUACACACUUUGACCCAGGCCCCCACCAGCUGGACUGGUCGUCGGGGCCGCAUCGCGGAGGAUUUGCUCCAGGAGUUUGCUGUCAAUGACGGAGAGAGUAUGGUGCUGGUGUGUGGCCCGGAAGCCAUGGAGAAGUCUGCCCGCAGGAUCCUGCUGGCACAAGGAUGGGCAGAGUCGGACCUUCACUUUUUCUAAGACGGUCGGGUCCGAAGUCCGAAUGACUGUUCGUUGAGUAAGGGAAGAUUGUCCGUGGCAUGUAUAUACGGUAUGGUUAGCAUAGACAUAACAUAGCACAGCCUGAAAUAAUUUCACAGGAU